UCUAAACAACGCUUUUAGGUCCACAUUAUCGUCAUCAGAUAGUUACUCAUCUUCUCAUCCUAACCUGACCGUAUCAUUUCCAUCACUUAAUUAUCCUGCUUCUUCUUAUCGAGUCUUCGUAAUCAAAGCCAUUGGCAUCGAUAUGGCGAAGAAUAAGAAGGGCGGCCCUGGCUCUCGAUUCAAGGGCCAGCGGUUUACCCGUCGCAAAGGCGCCUUAUUCGAAAAUCCCUCGGGAGAAUACGGUGGCAACAAUUCACCAAUAUCUGCUCAAGCCUUCGUUCGAGGCCAUGGCUACACACUCGCCGAUGAAGCUAGGAACACGGCAUUUAAACGCCGUGGAGCAUUCGGCCCUGACGCCAAAUUGAGAUACAAGCCCGUUACUUUCAUCAGCGCUGGCGUUAUGAACCCCCUAAACGACUUGAAUGUUCAGUUGACUAUUACCAACCAAGCACAAGAGAAUACAGGCGCUGCCGCGGUAUCCCAAAAUACUAGUGCAGCCCCAGAACUAGCACAAGAUAUCUCUGACAAAUCAGCACACGUGAAAUCCGAUCGCACUUUGGAUGUUAAGUCUGAUCACGACGGUGACUCUAGUGAUGAAGUUAUACUGUUCAAAGGAAGGGACCGUAACCGCCGAAGUCCUGUGUCCGCUAACCCCCCAAAAGAGAAUAACGAUGUCAACUCGCUAGAACUCCGCGAAUUAGAUAUCCAGUUACAAGCUGUCGAAGAGACUCUCCACCGAAGUACAACCCAACAGAAGAACGUCAUCGAUAAAAAUGACUACGUUCCCCUGCAAUCUAAACCCCGAGGGCCUGGAAAAGGGCGCAAAUUCAACCAGGACAUCACAUCAGACGAAGAUGCUGCGGUUAUUGCAGAUUAUAUGGCCAAUAUCAAGGAUUGGGAGGAAGGUAGCGAUGACAAUAGUGAUGGGGCGGCCGAAUACUCAGAAAUGGGGUCUUACUCUUUCAACAUAUUAAGAGAUAUUGGUGGUACCGAUAGCGACGCAAUUCCCGACGAUGUCUCUAGUGAAGAUGGCGCGGACCGCAGUUCAGAAGAUGAAGCUGACCCCGAGAAUCGGCAACGUCGUCUUGAGGUAGAGGACGAGCGCAUUGCUCGCAUGCUUGCUAAACAAGAGGAGUUGGGUCUCGGCAGCGCGGAUGUCGUACUUUUCGACGGGGAAGCAUCCGAUGACGAGUGGGUGACAGCUACACAAGCUGCGCCGCGUCGCAAAAGGAAAGGCGAUUCAAAGAAGGCUAAGAUCGUCCAGAAAAAAGGCCAGUAUCCAAGUGCAGCCCAGAUGGCGGAUGCAUUCGAUGACUUGGAUCUUAUGGAUUGGCAUCGGCCUAGUUUAAACAAUUUUAAGAGGGGGCCGCCAGCCUUAAACGUGUCGGAGUCGGAACUUGAGGAGGCCAUGAAAUCAACUUGGCAGAAAGACCGCCUUAAGAAAGCGGACAGGAAGAAGGCCCGAGAAGAAUUACGGUCACAGGGGUUGUUAGGCAAACACGUGGAUCCUGAUGACCUCCGACUCAAAUACCGAGGGGGCAUGUCUCUGGACGACCUUGCCAACGAGCUUGAGGCCUUUCUUCUUAGUUCUCGAGAGCAACUGAUUCUACCCCCGCUUGAGAAGGGUGCUCGUAAAACCAUCCACACCGUGGCGAACAAGCUCAGGAUCAAAUCACAGUCAGCAGGAAAAGGUCGGGAUAGAUAUCCAGUUCUCUACCGCUCAAAAGCCACUCUCCCAUUCGACAAAGUUACUUUUGAUAAUACUUUUGACCGCAUUAGACAAACAUGGUUUCCACGCGUCGAUGUUGAUGAGAAAGUAGUGAGUGAAGCUCGAAUCCUCAAGCGAGCUGAAGCCCGAAAUGGCAAGUCGCGAAUCAAGGGCACCGUUACUUAUCGCGACGGCGAUGUGGUUGGUCAGAAUGCCGCGGAGAUAGGUGUCGAGAAUAAGGGUAGAGCAAUGCUGGAGAAAAUGGGAUGGUCAAAGGGUAUGGCUCUGGGAAGUGGAGAGAAUAAAGGUAUCAUGGUACCCAUCACACAUGUGGUGAAGAAGACAAAAGCUGGACUUGGCGAUGCGUGAAGCCCCCUUCUCUAACAAACUUUAUUAUUACGAGCUAAGUGGUUACGGAUUCAUAACCAAUUAUACAGGCUGUCCCGAGUCUACAAAUAGGCAAAACCGGGCUUAUAAUAACUCAACUUAGCGAAUUCUACGAUUUGCCACAGAAUCUUUCUUAUAUUUUCAGAAAUCGAACAAAAAUAAUAGGCGCAUUGACAGCGGUCAUUCCGUUGUAAUGUAAAAGUUCACAUCUCGUAGUCCCAAAUCGGAACAUCCCGUCGCAAUAUUGACAUCACGGAUAUCCUGUGAAAUCAAAACGACAGUUCCAAAAACAUCCUUAGGCAAUAGCGCAUGACUAUAUAACCCGUUAUCUCAAAUGAGUGCUACCAGAAUAUUAUAAGU